AUGGAUCUGCGGAUCCGUGAAAUGUUGAGUCCUUUGAAACCUACCCACUUGGACAUACAGGAUUUUUCCGACAGCUGUGGCAUCAAGUUAGAUAUAUUCGUAGUUUCGGAAGCCUUCGAAAAAAUGCCCAUUUUAGAACGCCAUCGAAGAAAUUCCCUCUAUUCAUGCAAUGACUUUGAAAGCUUGGACACCGGUUCAAUGGAAAUCGUCUCAUGA